CCUUGAGGACAAACGGCCUCUAAAAACCACCGAAGAAGAAAAAGCAGACGCUCUGCCUCCGCCACCAUGAAGGCACCGAUGGCAGUUUCUGCCCCUGGCUUGGAAGAAUAAACAUUUUUAUUUCUAAAAGUGCUGAAUCCACUUCUUGGACUUAAGUAGAUGCGACGCCGAAUCAAUAUCUUGGUCCUGCAGAAUGUCCAAGAUCAGGCGGAAGGUAACAGUGGAGAAUUCAAAAACCAUAUCUGAUAGCAGCAGCAGCAGCAGCACCACGACCAGCAGCACCAGUAACCCCGCCGCCCCAUCCCGCCGGCCCAGUGUGUUUGAAAGACUUGGCCCCAGCACUGGGAGUAAUGCUGCUGAUAGUCACUGCAGAAAUUGGCUGAAGACCGGUAAUUGCAGUUACGGCAACACUUGUCGCUACACACAUGGAACUCAGCCACGAGGCAAAGGAUUUAGCUUCAGCCGGUCAGCUGAGAGACCUACAGGUGAUCUGCGGGAGAGGAUGAAGAAUAAAAGACAGGAUGUUGACCCAGAAAACUUGAAGCGUGACCUAGACGAGCCCGCAUCCCCCACAGCUAGACAGAGAGACUCCUCCAGAGGCCGACACAGGGAAAAGGAGGAUAUAAAGAUCACAAAGGAGCGCACCCCAGCCAGUGAAGAAGAGCCCACAGAGUGGGAAACCAAUCGCGAAGACUCCGAUAUCGGUGACUACGACUACGAGUUAUCCCUCGAGAUGAAGCGCCAGAAGAUUCAGCGCGAGCUGAUGAAAUUGGAGCAGGAGAACUUGGACAAGAGGGAGGAAAUUAUCAUUAAGAAAGAUGAGACGCCCGCAAAAACAAGAGCACAAGCCAUGCCAAAGGCCUCCCCAGAGCUGCUAAGCAAGCAAGACUCGCCCUCAUCCCGGAAGUCAACUGGAUCCCCAAAACACAAAAGUGGAAACAAAGGACCAGGCUCUGGAAAGAAGGAGAAGAAGGCCGUAGUGCCCUCACCAGUUUCUGAAUCUACCAGGCCUUCAAAAGGGAGCCACAGUAAGAAGAAAGGGCCCCGGACCCCCAGUCCCCCUCCCCCGGUCCCUCUAGAUAUUCCUGUUGUUGGUAAAAAACACAAAGGAAAGCACAAGAACAAGGAGAAGUCUGAGGAGAAGCAGAAGGAGGCAAAGGAUCGAGGGAGAGAUAUUGAAAAACACAAAGAGAAAAAGGAGAAACGCAGGGACAGGUCAGACAGUUCCCACAAGGCCAAGCGCUCAAUGACAUCAGAGGAGCGUUCUGGCAGUGUGUCCUCUCCCUCCAGGGGCACUACACCCACGGCCAGGAAGAAGUCCACCUCUCCGAAAGCUUUGUCCCACAAGACCCCCGUGCUGGUCUCCCCUCCUCGCAGGUCUCCCACUCCUCCACGCCACCAGCGCACCCCCACUCCUCCACGCCACAAGCGCACCCCCACUCCUCCACGCCACCAUUCGCCCUCCUCCAACUCUGGUUCCUCGGCCCAGCGGAACUCUUCGUCUCCUCGCCGCCGCCGCUCGUCCUCCCCCGCCUACCACCGGAGCGCGGUGGUCCUGACGUCCGCCUCCUCCCCUCCGAGCUCCCGGCGGUCCCGGUCCCCUCCCGCUUCCCACAGCGCCUCCUCUCCCCACCGCCGGUCCGACCGAUCGAGCCCCGGCCAGCGCCACUCCAGGGGCCGCGAGAGGAGCCGCGGGGAAAGAGAGAGGAGUCCGCCUGCUCAGGAGCGCAGGCAUGAGCGCAGAGAUGAAAGCCGCAGCAAGCGAGAGAAAGAUGAUCGGGACUACGAGCCCGAACAGGUCUCGUCGCGGGACGCCCGCGAUGAUCGGGAGACCAGAGAGGCCCGCGAGCGACGGGACGCUCGCUCGCGAGGCAGGGAUACGGCCCGAGAGACCCGUGACCAUCGAGACAGCCGGGACGUGAAGGACACCAGAGAAAGCCGAGCGGAGACCCGCUCCAGCCGAGAGUCGCUGGAGCGCCGCGACCGCGAACGAGAGAGGGACCGCGAGAAGGAGAGGGACAAAGACAGAGAGCGAGAAAAGGAGAGGGAGAGGACUGACAACCACCGGAAGGAGGAACCGGCUCAGGAGGACAGGAGUUAUGGCCGAGGUCACGGACGGGAGGAUGGGGGCAGAGCUGAAGGAAGGACGGAGAACAGGAUAGACAGGACCGAGAGGAACAGCCGAGGGAGAGGGCGAGCCAAUGAAACGUCUGACAAAGGCUCAAACAGGAACUCCCGGGGUUCCCAACUGGAGAGCGGCCAUGACAACUGGGAGUCCCGGAGCAGCGGCGUGCGUGAGCGGAGUGUGGAGAGGAGCACCGAUCGCAAUCGCUACGAGGGGGACAGGAGAGGAGAGGCCAGAGACUCCUCGUACGACAGGAGAGGAGGGCACGGAGAGCGGGAUCGGAGAGACAACCGAGAAAGAGGCGGAGAUCAAAGAGCAGCCUCUCCCGUCAGACACCAGGGGAGAUCAGAUGAGUCUGAGAGGGAGGACCGGAGGGAGGACCGCAGGGCAGAUAGACCAGAGGACAGAAGAGACGACAGGACCCGUGACCGAGAGAGGGAGAGGGAGAAAGAGAAGGAGAGGGAGAGGGAAAAGGAGCGAGAGAAGGAGGUGGAGAGGGAGCGUGUCAGGGAGAGGGAACGGGAACGAGAAAGGGAGAGAGAGCGCGAGAGGGAGAGGGAACGGGAGCGGGAGGAGCGCGAACGGGAGAGGGAGGAACGGGAGCGGGAGAGGGAGAGGAAAGAGCGAGAGAGAGAAAGGGAGCGCGAGAGAGAGAGGGAGCAACGGGAGCAGCGGGAGAGGGAGAGGCAGCGGGAAUGGGAGGAGCGGGAGAGAGGGCGAGAGGAAAGGCGGGAAAGGAGAGACGACACCAGGGACGACCGCACCGUCAGAGACGACCGCAAAACGAGUCGCAAGCGGCCCAGGGUGGAGAGCAGCCCGAGCCCCAGAGCCUCGCCGAAGCGAGCGGCCCGCGACGUCAGCCCCGCGGACAGCGACGGCUACAACAGCGCGGAAGAAAAAAGUGCUGACAAGAACCGCUUGCUGAGCCAGGUGGUGCGGCCCCAGGAGCCGCCGCUGCGCUCCCCGCCGAGGGCCGCCGCGUCCGACGAGAAGCCCGCCCACUGGAAGGACGACGAGCGCAGAGGAGCCGGGGACAAAAGGGAAGCACGCGGCCGCCACGAGGACCCGGAGCCUCGCGGGGAGCGCAGCAGAGGGGGCGACAGGCGGGGAGAGCCCGUCGCGGAUGGCCCGUCCGACUCCCGCGGCCGAGGCUGCAGGGACCAGCGAGAGUCCACGCCGCCACUCCUUCCCUCGGCCCUCGCCGCGGCCAGCGAAGACAGAGACACAGUCGGCUCCCAAUCCCAUGAGGAGGGUAAAAAGAAAAAGUCACAGAGGAAGGUGCUGAAGAAGGUUCGCAAGGAGGAUGAGGUCGGCGGCGGCGGCAACAUUCCGGGAGGUGCGGGAGAGCGUUUCAAGCCAGAGCCCCCAGCCGGCGGCGCCGCCGAGGCGCCUCCACCCGUACACUCGCCCAAGAAAGGAGCCAGGAAGAAGGCGCUUGAUCGGAAGAGGAAACGCUCACGAGAGGGGGAAUCAGACGUGUCGGAUGAGGAUCUGUCUGCCCCUCAGCCGCAGAACAAGAGGAAGCGAGGGCCCAGGACGCCGCCGCCGUCGAUGAGGCCCGAUCCCCGUGCUGCCGUGGGCAACAUGGAGCCAUCUCCUCUUCCCAAAAUGGACAACUUUAGCGACUGGUCAGAUGAGGAGGUCACGGACAGAGCGGCACCGCUGGAGACACAAACUCCUCCGGCUGAGCCCCUUAAGAGAGGCGCUGGUCCCAGAGUGGGCAGGGACAGGGAGCGGUGUCACCCUCCUGCCAUCGCUCCCCUGCUCCCCCAAGAUCCCCCGAUGCUGCUGCCCACUCUGACCCCGCAGCCCCUCAUGUCGCAGCCGCUGCUCCGCAAGCUUCCCCCGGAGCAGGCGCGCAGCAGCAGCAUGGGGAGCAACCAGAGCCGCACGUCGUCCAGACGCCUGCGAUCUCCCUCCAACGAGUCGGCCCACCGAGACGACCCCCAGGGUCCACGCGCCCGCCGGGGUCGGCUGCAGGGCGCCAACUCUCGGGACCGAGAGAGGGAAAGGGAGAGGCCGGUUGUGGGCGAACCUCCGGUGGUCGAGAGGAAGUCCCGAAUUGACCAGCUGAGGAGAGCGGAGCCCAGUCGCAGCACCUCGUCAGACCGCCAGGACUCGCGCAGCCACAGCUCCAGGCGCAGCUCCCCCGACUCAGAGAGGCCGGCCAGGUCGGGAUCCCGCGCCGGCUCCUACGACAGUCGAGAGCGGGAGAGAGACAGGGAGCCGUUUGAGCGGGAACGAGACCGAAAAGACCUCCGGCCUCAGCAGCCGCAGCAACAACCCCCGCCCACGCAGCCACAGCAGCAGCAGCAGCAACCACCACCAGCACAACAACUACACCAACAGCAGCAGCCCCUGCUCCUCCAGCAGCCCCUUCAACUGCAGAGAGACUGGGAGCCCGAACCCAGGGACUGGCCCAGCAGAGGACGGGAGCCCCUUCUUAUGCGUCCUGGCCGGGAACCUCUCCUGAGGGAGCGGGACAUCAGGGACAGGGAACGCCUGCUCCCCGAAGGACUCAUCCAGCAACACGAGCGAGAGAGGGAGAGGGAGCGGGAGAGGGAGAGAGAUGUUAGAGGCGGCGGCGGUGAUCGGGAGAGGAUGAUGAUGAUGGACCUCCUGCCACACGGGGACCUCAGGCUCGCAGGGCGGGGAGACCUGCGGGGAGACCUGCGGGGAGACCUGCGGGGAGACCUGCGGGGAGACCUGCGGGGAGACCUGCGGGGAGACCUGCGGGGAGACAUGCGGGGGGAGAUGAUAAGACAAGAGAGGAGCGACUUUGAGCCAAGAGAAUGUGCCUAUGUGCCAAGAGAAGUCUUCAGCUCUUUAGAGUUGGAGAAACCCAUCAACAGUCACCAUCUAAUGGGAGAUCAGAGGGAGCAGGAGAAGACGGACAGCAUUGAUGGAGACGAUGACGGGAAAGAAGACGAGUCAGUCACCUCCGUGGGAGAGGAGUAUGAACCAAUCAGUGAUGACGAGCUGGAUGAAAUACUGGCUGACAGCCAGAAAAAAGAGGAUCAGCAGGACGACGAAAAAAUUACAGGUCCUCUGGAUGUCAUCGACGUGGACUGGUCCAGCCUGAUGCCCAAAACGAAGCAGGAGCCCCGGGCGGCGGGGGCAGCACUGCUCCGGUUCACUCCGGGGGCCGUGCUUCUGAGGGCGGGAAUCUCUAGGCGCCUCGCUGGGCCCGAGCUGAUGGAGCAGGUCAGAGAGGUGUGCAAGUCCGAGCUGGACGACCCCAAAGAUGCCGACAAGCUGUUUGAGCAUGACCUGGGGGCUCUGAACAUGGCCGCUCUGAAUAGGCGGGUGGAGAGGGCGGGUCUGCUGAGAAACCUCGGGCCCUGCUGCAAGGCCCUGUGUGCUCGGAGGGACUUCGCCAUCCGCCGGCAGCUGUUAAAAAACGACAAGGGCCUAACCAAGCAGUACCCCGCCACGCCCGUGGUGGACAACGAGCUGCUGCAGAUGAGCAUGCGUCUAUUCAGAAGGACCAUGGCGGGCCAGGCCGCGGGCCCAGAGCGGUCCGACGCCGGCUCCGUGCCGGCGGCCGAGGUCGCUCCCGCCGGUGGUAGUAAGCUCGGCACGGCACAGCCCGAGGUGUGUGUGUCCUGAAAGAAAUGUUUUUUUUUCCAAAUAGUCGAAACGCGUGAAAUCGAGCAUGUCCGACUGUCCUCUUAUUUCAUGCACAGCAUUUUUAGUCAUGAGAGGAAAUAAAAGAAAACGGCAAAAUUGUCAAUCUUACUCCAUCAUGCUUUACAUGUAUUUGAUGAUCCGCAAUGUGCUGUGCUAUAGACAACUGGACAUUCAGGCCUAUGAACCAUGUAUGAGAGGCAUAAAAACACUUCUUAAACUACUUCUGUUUCGUGUGCAUUGCGAUGUUUUAGAGCAGCUUUUUAAUUGUCGGUUUCACCUGCCUAACCGUGUUCAAAUGACUUUUUUGUUUGUUGUGCAUUGGUUACCACGACUGAGAAUUAAAAUGGUUAGAUGUUCAUUUUGUUUAACGGGUCUUUUGCUUUGUAUGAAGUGACUGUUCAGCCUCAAACAAUGUGAUACUCUUGUGUUUAGAUUUUUUUCUGCUUGGUUCAUUUUUAUAAAAUAUCUGCAGAGGAAAUGGCAACAUGUUUUCUGAGUUUCACCGACCAACAACACGGAAACAUCCUGCAAGGACUUGAAUGAACGUUUCCCACAAAAAAGCACUGUCCACCUAUGCUUCAUUGAAUUUAAUUUGAUACAACUGUUAGUCUUUGGAGACAUUUGAUUACUUUUUUUCUUGUUUGUGUUGAAUGGUUCGUCGAUGUCUACAAACUGAACUGAGUGCAGUGCACACAGUAGACUUCAGAUUUCCUUUUAACAUUCACCAGCCCACAUCCUUAAAAAAGAGCCCAAAUUUCCAAGACAAUAGACUGCUUCCUUUUUUUCUACUAAGUGACAAAGGAUAAUUAGUUUGAGAUUCACGUCAUGUUUCUGUGAUUCCAGUGAUCGACCAUCCAGAGUCCAAAUAAAAAGACUUGUACAGGUGGAUAAACAGAACCUCUGGGACGUGGUUGCAUCAUCGGUCUUAGUUCAAUAAUUGACAGUGGGCGGAGGGGAAGAGGAGAAGUGCAGGUCAUGCAUGCUUUGAGUGCUUGGAUACAAAUCAAUGGACAAAGCAGUGUCAGUGUUGCACUGAGCAACUUAAAGAACUUAACUUAAUCAACGUGGCAGCUCCUCCUAGCCAAGCAACUGUGACUUGAAAGUGACAUUACAGACAGGGGGUUCUGAAGCAGCCCACUAUCUUAAAGUCUGGCCGCAACUCUUUUCUUACUACAUAUUUAUUUUGUCUAAGGUAGAAGGUCAAUUUUGAGAUGUGCUGUUGAUUACUGAUUUAAAGCUGUACUUUUUUUUACUAAAUAAAUAUUGUAAUGACAUUUUACCAAAUAA